AUGUUCUGCUCGAGCUGUGGAUGUGCGUUGGAAGAAGGGGACAAUUUUUGCUCCAAGUGUGGUGCAGGUAAGUGUAUACAAGCCUUUCAUACCGUAAUUUACAGACUUAAGCAGCUACACCUAUACAGCGGUGAUUCCCUCGUCUGUUGCAGGGCUCGACGUUGCGACCCGUGGGGUCGCCAAUGCGCCCAGCUUUUACUCAGUGGCGACCAAAUUUUCACCCCUGGUCGCCAACCUGGCCCCCAAGAUAGGUGACUAUCUUCUUUGGGAAAACGUACACUAACGAUAAUCCGUUAUCCUUCACACAACUAAAUCCAUUAAUUCUUAAAUAUAAUUUUGGCAACCAGAAUACUUGUUCUGGCGACAAAAAUGAAAACUUGGGGGCCAGCUGGCCCCAAGAUUUUUUUCUGAAAGUCGAGCACUGUGUUGACUCACUUUGGAUAGGGGAUAGUCGUGGAAUGAAAAUAUAAAUGAAAUGUAUCCUUAUGUUUAAAAGCGCAACCAUGCAGAUGCGAUUUUUAUAAUAGAGGAUUGCACAAGUCACAAUUUUGAUACACAUUAGUGGUCAUUUCAAUGGGGGCAUAGACUGUUCACAGUCCUCUAUUUUCCUGUAAGAUCGUCGCGAUUGCGAUUGUUUAUACGAGUAGCCGCCAUCUUGUUUUUUAGGCGAACGCGUCCUCUAAACACUUAGGUGGACGGGCGUCAGGAAGGGUGGGGGUGGGGGUGGGAGACGGCCGCUCGUAACAUUCGCGACAAUCUUACGGGAAAAUAGAGGACUGUGAACAGUGUAAUGCAAAAACCAAUAAAUCACAAGCUUUUAAGAGCUUUGUCCUAUCCUAUCAAUGGGCUAUUGCAUUAUCUUUGUUUGUAACUAUGUGUUUAUUGCAUAAAAUUAUUCUAGGUCGGUGCAGCACUGCCACAACUCCAGGAAAUUCAGGUACAAUUGCACUGAACAUUUUUAUAGUAAUUAUUGCUAUUGUAAUUGAUUGAUUUGCUGAUUUGAAUUCCUGUUAGAUGCAGUAGACUUAGAUGUAUAUGAUUGAUCAAAUUAUAAAAUAAUAUAUUGUACAGUUCCAGAAAAUCCAUAACCACCCCAUUGAAGGUCUCGGAUAUUCCUAGGGGAGGGGGUUUUAAGCCCCAAAAUUUUAGAAGAAAAGUAUGAUGCUAAAGUGGAAUUUCCUGGGGGGUGCAAAACAAAAACCUUCCGUGGGGGGAGUAUGGUUAUUUUCUGGAAAUGCACAUUCUAUUGUAAUAAAGGAAUACUGGAACUUUUAUAGUGAUCUUUUAGACUUAAUAUUUUCUUAAUAAUUAUUUUUCCAUUAGCUCAUUCUUCCCAAGAGCAAUCUAAUGAACUGCGUGCAACGGGUAAGUUAUUUAUAUUGUGUAUAAUUAGCCAUAAUUUUUUUCAUAAUACCGAUUGUAAUAACCAGCCAUGGGUAAUGUUAAAAACACACUACCAGUACCGGUAAUUUGUUUACACUGAAAUACAAUUAACACAACUCAUGAUCCCUUGUUAUGCACAAAUUAUUAUCAGUCACACAAUCAGUCACACCAUAUAUACAAUGCUCUAAAUGACCAAUGACCAAUGAGCAAUGGUGAGUGGUAAACCUAACAAAAUGCUGAAUUAUGGUGAUGCUUCUUGUCACUUCAUGCUACACAACAGUUGCCAAGUGCUACUGUAUGAAUCAUCAGAUGCUGUAACCAGGAUAAAAUUGUCACAAGUCUGAAUUUUAGAGGACCAGAGAUUUUAUGUUAUAACUUUGUGAAUAUUAUUACUCUCUUUGUCACUAUAUCACAUUUGCUACCUUCAAUUAAUCACUUAGGGAGUAAUGAGUAUUGUCAUCUUUACUCUUAGGCCAUUCAUCCACAUCAUGCGCUUCAACUUGUCACGUGAAAUCUUUCAAUAUGUUCAAAAAACUGAAAGGCCAACAGUGGAAAUCCAUUGUAAGCAAAAAGGCUGGAAGUGCAAGUGACAAAGAGAUAGAAGUGCAGAUCAACAUUGGGCUCAUGGUAUGGAGUGACAAGAACGUGUGUAUCAAACCAAAGAGAGGCAAGCGUCUUGCUUUGAGAGUGUCCAACAAAGCCACCUACAAAGUCAUCCUGCAGAAAGCUGUGGAAAAGUGGAGAGCCUUUAACAGCGACCUCUAUGAUGAGAACAAAGACUACAUUCUUCUACUUGAAAAUGGUGAAGAAGCCCAGUUUCUUCCAGGUUCAUCUGCCAGUAAAGAGUUUUUUUCCCUCAAACGAUACAAAGAAGAAACUGGAAAGGACUACAACAAAAUUGUGUUGUACCUAUGCAAGCUUAGUGACUUUCACUUUGACCUAAAUAGUGAAUCAGAUAGAGAUACUGAUGAGCUGGUUGAGGAGCCAGAGAAGAAGCGACUGAAAAGCUUGACAACUGAUGAAGAGCCUGAUGCAUCUGCUGUGUUUGCUAGUGAUGAGAAAAUUGCAAUUGAGUUACAAAGGGAGUUUGACAAUGAGUUAUCCAUUGACAUGAUUGACGCUGUCGAGAACAUGGAGGAUGGGAAAGAUGACAACAUGUCAAUGGGUACUAUCCAUCAAGAUAUUUCAAGUGUAAUUAAGUCCCUGUCUCAAAAGGUUGACCAAGAUGGUCAGUUUUUAUUGUUUCUAGAAGAGGGUCCCCAUUUCCUAGAGUUUUGUCCCUGUGGCAAAGAGAAGCCAACAGAUCGUCUCCUGAAAAAGUGCUAA